AGACUGGACCGUUAGUUUAGCAGAAUGCUAGCCGUUAGCAGCUAACACUUAGCCGUUAGCUAACUGUUAGCAGACCGUCGUGUCGCUGUGUACAUUCAUUAUUUUUGCACGCAACGAUUACAAACUGAAUGCCGAGAAUGUUCAGAAUAGUGUUAUGAUUGUUUACAAAAUGCUAACUGCUUUUAAAUAUUAACGCAAAGUGAAAACAUCUAGUGUGCUAAACUAGCUAGCUAAGCUAAUAGCUAACGUUACAUCUGUUCUGAAUGAGAUGUGAUGUAGAUACCUGACAGGCUGGAAGACACUGAAAUACACAACUUAAGCUUACUAGGUGACAGGUGGUCUCUCCAGCUUCUCUCAUCAGCUGGAGCUUUGGUGUCCCAGCUGAGCAAAGGCUCCUCCCUCAUCAGCCAAAGUUUGGCAGCACUGAUAACAUUGCAGCCCUGAAAGACUUUAGAUGACAUCCAGGAGAAGGAGGGUUCUUAGGACAGGGCAGCUGCCCUCCAGCCCGAAGUUUGGCAGUGAUGAUAACUGUUCUGCUACGUCUGGCUCUUCAGGAGUCCAUGGAGGACCUCCUAGCUCCAGGGACAACACCCCUGACCAUACCCAGGCAUCAGGCUUUAAUGCUAUACUCCAUGAGAUCCAAGAGCUCAGGGAAAACAAAGGCCACCUCGAGGAAUCCUUUCAAAACUUAACAUCCUGCCACCAACAAGACUAUGCAUUGAUUGUUGAGGCCCUACAUGAGGAGCGAUACAGGAGUGAACGUUUAGGAGAACAGCUCAAUGACUUGAUAGAACUGCACCAGAAUGAAAUUUUGAAUUUGAAAGAGGAGCUAGCCAGCAUGGAGGAGACUGCUCAUCAUUCUAACCAAAGACCAACAGAUAUUCAUGAGGCGCUGCAAGCAUGUCAGACACGUCUGUUCAAGAUGGAGCAGCAACAGCAGGUGGUGCAGCUUGAAGGUUUGGAGAACACCACAGCACAGACUGUUCUUGGAAAACUAAUUAAUGUGCUGUUGGCUGUUCUGGUGGUCAUUCUAUUAUUUGUGUCCACAGUGGCUAACUGUGUCACAACAUGCAACCGCAUGCUUUAUACACUGCUUUUUGUAGUCCUCUUCUCUUUCCUCUGGAGGCACUGGGAUGUCAUUUCAGAGUAUCCAAAAUACUUUUUCUGCACUCAACAUCCUGACAGGGGAGAUCUAUAAAACGGUCUCAACUGCAGCAUCAAUCUGGCAUCUCUUCAGGAAUGUUGUGCAAAAGACUUGAGCAUUAAGGAUCCAUAUUUCAUGUUACUCUUCAGUGCAACAACACUCCCAAUAAACAAGUGAAAUCAGACUCAA